ACAGUGUCAGUAAAAAACCUCGUUAUCAUUUUGUGCAAGGGAGUGGGCAAUCUAUAGUUGUCUUCAUCUAUGCAUCAUACUUCACAUGCCCACAUGCCCACCUACUUGUCUUUACCUAUGAUGCCCACUUUAUCCACAAACUUUAUCUAUGAUUUGAGGUUAAAGAACGUUUUUGUUUAUUUAUGUGUCGAAAGUUUGCAAUAUUAAAUUCAUGUUUUUCGUGUUCAAUUCACUGAAAUUUGUGCAUUUUUCCCGUAUAUUAUAGUGCGCGUAAAUCUCACACUAAGACACUAUGGCAGACGAUUCUUGGAGGGCCCACUCCUUUCGGCAAAAUAUAAUUGCCAAAAUUGAUGAAGCAAUCCGACAAUCCGGAAUGAAUACGUCGAAAAACAGUUUAGAAAUGGAAAAUCAUGUUUUCCAGAAGGCCAAAAAUCGGGAAGAGUACUUGAGCUUUGUGGCCAGAUUGAUUCUACAUGUUCGCGAAAUGAAUAAAAAACCAGGACAAUUGAGCGGAGUUCCUGGCGGUCAGCAACAGCAGGCGCCCGGAAUGCCCGAUCCAAUCAAUGCCUUGCAAAAUUUGGCCAGUCAAGGUAUAAUACAAGGAAGCAGGAAUUCGAUGGUGGGAAUGGGAGGGCCGCCGCAGGCCAAUCAAAUGCGGGGACCUGGCCAGGGCAACGCCAACUUGCUGCAACCGAUCAACCAACCCCAGAUCAUGAUGGGUGGGGGCAUGCCAGGCAACAUGGGACUGCAGGUUCCCCGAGUUCAGAACAUGAAUAUGCCCCCCAACGCCCAAAUGCCCGGGCAAAUGCCGAUGCAAAUCCCGAAUCCAAUGGGCGGCCAAAUGGGUGGACAAAUGGGCGGAGGAAUGCAGAUGCAGGGCGCUGUAGUGGUUCCCGGCCAAAUGGGUUCCGGUGGGAUGCAAAUGGGGCCCGGAGGAAUGCAGGGACCCAUGAGCGGAUCCGCUAUGGGUUCCAUGCAACAGCAAAUGCAGCAGCAAAAACCGCCCAAUUCUCAAAACAGCAUGCUCCUCAACCCGAAUAUGAUGGGCGGAGGCGGCUACGUUAGACAAUCUGGGCCUGGUCAGAUUUUCGCCCAAUCCCCGCUGCAACCUUCUGCUCAAUCACCCGCGGGCGGAAAUUUAUCGCAGCCUUCAAGCGCUUCGCCCGCUUUAGCGUCUAGUUCAGUGUGUUCUCUUGGAAUGGGGAUAAUGGGCGGUCCCCCUAGGGCUCAGUGUUUGGCUCCCAGUCCUGUUGGGUCAAUCAACACACCAGGACAACCAAGCCAGAGCCCCAUGGCGGUCGAUGAACAGGCGUAUCGAGAUAAGAUACGACAGCUCAGCAUCUAUAUAGACCCUUUGAGGAGAGUGAUCGCAAGAACGAACGACAGAGCGGAUUCCAAUGAUGGAGGCGAAAAGAUGAUGAGCAAAAUGAAAAAGCUGCUCGAGAUUUUGACCAAUCCGCAUCAACGUAUGCCCUUGGAAACGCUGAUCAAAUGCGAAAUAGUUUUGGAGAAAAUUGACUUUAAGAGCCGUGACGCUCAAUUUAAGGAUUUGCCAGCAUUUCACUCGCUACUAGAUGUGGUGGCUCAAAAUCUUCAAAGCCCCGUCAUCAACCACACUCUUCACCGCACUUUCGGACCCACUUUGGAUGCCUUGUUUGGCCCCGAAUUCAAAUUGGUUCCGCCUCUGAAAAGGGCCAAACUUGAGGAACCCACCAGCGAUAUUCCCGAUGUGCUCCAGGGAGAAAUUGCGCGGCUCGAUCAGCGGUUUAAAGUUAGUUUGGAUCCGAACCAGCAGCCCGGUGCCAAGAGUAUCCAGCUCAUUUGUUGGCUGGAUUGCAAGCAACUGCCAUGCGUUCCUCCGAUUUCGCUCACCAUUCCCGAGAAUUAUCCAAAAAAGUCGCCCACCUGCCACAUAGCUUCGCAUGAGUACAAUGCCACCACUUUCCUCUCUGAUGUGCAAACGGCCUUAUUGGCCAGAAUUACUAAACUGCCCAAGAACUAUUCGGUGUCGCAUUUGCUGGAUACUUGGGAAAUGAGCGUUCGCCAGGCAUCAGCUCCUAAUAAGUCGAUAUCCAGUAACUCACUGACUACGCUUAUGGGGUUUUAACUUGUAAUUAGCAAUUUAGGUAGUUCAUAAACAAGAAUUCAGAAAAUUGGAAAUCGUCCAACCUGCAAGGUUUUCUCUAUUUCAAAAUUCUAGUUUCACUUCGCUGCCUUCAUACGACUUGCUGUACUUGUAUGAAGAACGCCGCAAAAUAUGCACAUUUCCACGCUUGAAGAGGAAUAAUUUCUCAAUUAAAUGGCGUUAAUACCGAG